AUGCCAGAAUAUUCAACAGAUAAAAUCACAUUUAUCACAUUACAGUUAUUAAGCAUAUCUCUCUUGAUGAUACUAAUAGUAUCAGCACUAAGAUCAAAACCAUAUUUUACAAAAUGGACAUUAUUUCAAAUUUACGCAUUAGCGUUAUUCAAUGGAGCAAUAAAACUACCUGCAGUACUAAUAUACGGAAACGACAUAACCAACAUCCUCAAUUAUUCAAUAGUUUUAUGUGUGUUGCAACAAAAAUUGGCAUUAUUUUCCCUAAUCUCUUUACAAUUUUUCUCAUUUACCCUUUUAUUUUAUCUUUGGUAUGCGCUGACUAAAGGAAAUAUCGAGAUAGAGAAAAAGUGUUCAUUAUAUUUUUCAGUCAUAAUUUGGAGUUAUUCAGUUUUUUAUAACGUGUUCACAAUUGCUCGUACCAGCAGUGAAGAGAAUUGGGGAAGCGUCCCUACUUCUUUAACUUGUGCCUCUACUUCUGAUGAUCUUCAAUUUUAUGGUUAUCUAAUACCAACUACUAUUUUAUUAAUUUUCAGUACCGUGGUUACAUUUGGUUCUAUAAUGAAGCUCCUCGAAAAAAAAGUAACCAAAUACGAUGAGGGUGAUACACUACUACAUUCAAGUAGCACUUUAUUUAAUUCUACAUUAGGAAUAAUAAUAUUUCUUUUAUUUGGUACAACCAAAAGAGCAACAUUAUUUCUACCUUGUUAUUAUGUUGCUCCAGAUGCUUUGAAGUCGGGAUCAUCUUUUAGAAGUAAUACUACCGAAAGUUUUCCAAUCAACAACAUUGAUAAUAAUAAUAAUAAUAGUGUAGAUAAUAAUAAUGAUAUCACAGUAGUAAUAUUACCAGGUGAUACAACAGGCGACAAAUUAUUUUUAACUAUUACAACUAAAUCAACAAAAGAACUUGAAUUGGGAGACAUAAAUAAUGAUAAUAAUAAUAAUAAUAAUAGAAAUAGAAAGAAAUUGUUAUUAGAUGACGAUGAAAAAUACAAUAUUAUUGAAUUUAUAUAA